AAAUCCGUUCGCGGAGGAUGGUUAUGACGUCACCGUCAGCUGGUAGAAGUCACAUGACAGACAUUUUCGAUUUCAGACAUACAGGGAGAUCCUGAUCGAGAAGCAGGAAAAUAACAUUUAUUCACGUUUUCCAGCUUCCAGAAUGUUUCUACCUAUUUCGAAAUCGUCGUGAUCAACAGGUCUUUUACAUUAUGAAUUAGCUGUUUACAUCAGCGCACACAAGUAUUCGUCUCAGGUUGUCAUCGAGCUAAAGACUUGAAGCCAACAUGAGUCCGGAGGGAAAGACCCUGCUCAACGUCGUCGUCCUGGGCUUGGGCUUCAUGGUGAUGUUUACAGCCUUUGGCACCUGCGGAAAUAUUGAACAAACUGUGAUAAAGAGCUUCAACAGCACAGAGUUUCAUGGAAGUGGCUACACAAGCAUGGCGAUUAUCUACGCAGUGUUUUCUGCCUCGAACCUCAUAGCGCCCUCAGUGAUCGCUGUCGUUGGACCUCAGCUGUCUUUGUUUUUCAGUGGACUUCUUUACAGUGCUUAUAUUGCUGUUUUCAUUCAUCCGUACACCUGGUCAUUCUACACUUUAUCUGUGUUGCUUGGAAUUGGCGCUGCGGUGCUCUGGACGGCUCAGGGGAAUCUGCUCACCAUCAACUCCAAAGAUUCCACUAUUGGGAGAAACAGUGGGAUAUUCUGGGCGUUGAUGCAGUUUAGCUUAUUCUUCGGUAAUCUCUACAUAUAUCUUGCCUGGCAUAACAAGAGUCACAUAACAGAUAAGGACCGCCAGACAGUUUUCAUCACACUCACGGUCAUCAGUCUGGUGGGAAACUUCCUCUUUUUCCUGAUCCAGCGACCAGACCCAGAACCUGCACCUGCUGAUGCCUCUGAGUCACUUCUCCCCACAGAAAUCUCUGACAGCUGUGAUGUGGUUCCAUCCCAGACUCGGGGCUCUCAGGCAUUGGAGGCAUUCAAGAGAUCCAUACAGCUGGCUAUGACCAAAGAGAUGCUUUUAUUGAGCAUACCCUUUGCAUACUCUGGUCUCGAGCUCACCUUUUACAGUGGGGUGUAUGGGACGUGUUUAGGGGCCAUGACUCAGUUUGGAGAAGGCGCCAAGGGUCUCAUCGGCCUCUCUGGCAUUUUGAUCGGUGUUGGUGAAAUACUUGGAGGGGGAGUAUUUGGGAUCAUGGAUAAGUGUAACCGGUAUGGCAGAAACCCGGUAGUGUUUUUGGGUCUGGUUACCCAUGUUGUGGCAUUCUACCUCAUCUUCCUCAACAUAGCCAGUGAUGCUCCCGUGGCCCCAGAGGAAGGCACACAAAUGCAAGCUUUUAUCCGACCCAGUGUGACGGUGGCGCUGAUAUGCAGUUUCUUGCUGGGUCUGGGUGAUAGUUGCUUCAACACUCAGCUCAUCAGCAUUGUGGGGUUCUUGUUCCGGGACGACAGCGCACCAGCGUUUGCAGUCUUUAAAUUUGUACAGUCCAUCACGGCUGCGAUCGCCUUCUUCUACAGCAACUACCUUCUCCUGCAAUGGCAGCUGCUCAUCAUGGUGCUGGUGGGCUUCAUGGGCACCGGGACCUUCUUUCUGGUGGAGUGGGCCGCCAUCAGCACCCGACGGGACUCGGACUACGACAGCAUCUGA